GAGCAUCUCGUGCUCGCUCAUUCGCACUGCAGACUCUCGCGCAGGCUUUUCUGAUCUAAGUGAGGAGCUACGACUAAUUACCCUUAGGCCCCAAGGGCAAAGAGUCAUAUAUAUACAUCAUCUACUGCCAAUAUUUAAUAUCACUGUAAUCCCGGUGCCAUUUCGGGCUUUCAACAUGGGGAAAAAGCUCUCGACAUGGACGCUUCUAGUGGUCUUUUCUCUGCUGGUAGUGAAAGGAAUAAGUCAGGAUCUGGACUUGGCAGAUGCGUUUGACGAAGAUGAACCAACUGCCCCACCACCUAAAGUGGACCCAGCAGGUGGUGCAGGAGGAGCAGUGAAACCCAGUCUUAAACCUGUUAAGCCCACAGUCAAGGAACCAGCAAAGCCCAAGCCUAAACAAACAGAAGAGACAUUCACUGAUUUGUUUGACGCCACCAUUCGACCGGGCCUGUUGCCCCGAACACCCCCUAGUCCUCUCCGAACCUCUGUUCCCCCUCGGAAAGCCCAGUCUGAUUUUGGGGACUUGGAUCUUGAAGACGCCCUGAACCCCGACAAUGAUAUCAGAGGAAAGGGCAAAGACUCUGGCAAAGGCGAUAAAGACCUCGGAGGAGGGGGCCGUGAUGACGGCAAACCCAAUAGCAGAGGUGGAACUGGUGGUAGUCAAUUCUCAGACGAUGACCUUGUGGAUGUGGGCAGUGAUAACUCUUACAAACCUGACAAAGGCAAAGGUGGAAGAGGUGGAAGUAGUGGCGGAAGCAGUGACAGAAACGGUGGCAGUGAUUUGGAUCCUGCUGAUGACAGCUAUGACACCAUGGCUGAGACUGGAACCAUUGCUGGUAUUGUGAGCGCUGUUGCUAUGGCUCUGGUCGGUGCAGUGAGCAGCUACAUCUCCUACCAGAAGAAGAAGUUGUGCUUCAGCAUACAGCAGAGUCUGAAUGCAGAUAUGGUGAAAGCAGAUGCCCCAGAUGCUGUAGUUGCACAGGAGCCACAAGUUCAACAAACUCUUCUCCAGCCUCCCAAUGCUGAGCCGCCGACAGAGGAAAAUGCAGUGUAAUCUGAAAUGCAUCAUCCAAACUAAAGAGGGCGCAGUUCUAAAUCGUUGUUCUCCAAUUUGAAUGCCACUGUAUUUCCCAGCGCAUUUGCACCACAAUGCCCUUUUUGAAGUACCAAUGUGACUGUUUAAAUCAACCUUAAAUAUAGUUUAAUAAUUUUUUUAAAUUCUAUUUUAACUGUUCACAUGCAACAAUGUAGU